AUGCUAGAUUUUAUGGACUACGUCCUACGGGCAUUUGAGAAGUCCACAUCGUGGAAUCGUGAUAACAAUUACGAAAAUAUUAAUGUUACAUCUGAUACAUUGAUAAAUUUUCCAAUACCUACCACUUUCAAGUUUCAAACCUCAGAUCGUGCUUCAAAUAAUACAUUCAAUACUCUAGAAAUUACAGCUCACAAACAGGUUUCGGGAUCGUUAGCAUACCUUUACACCGAUGCAAUUGGGAUGGACAAAUACAUACGAGGUUCCCAAUCGAGGAGAUUACAAGAUGCUACAGAUACUUAUAGACAUAUCCAGCCUUUUUUUGCAAAACAAUCUCAAAGUCUCUCGGAAAGUCAUGAGAAAUUACAAUCAAAUAAAACUUCAACGAAUGAUAUUUGCCGAUCGUUAUAUUACGGUAGGAUUUAUUACCCAACUUCAAUCUUAGAGGCAAUGAUAGUUAAACGAAUCAACCUUCAUAAUCAACUUACAAUUAAAUCAUUAAGCAGUGCAAAUAAUAAAUUAAAUGUUAUAUUUGUAAAUUGGCAAAAAUAUAAAAAUGAAAAUUUACAAGAAUUAAUAUUUUCAUCCGAUGGGGCUCUUUGUGGGUACAGAUUCCUUCAUAAUUUUAUGAGUUCUCCAUCUAAGUUCAAUAAUGCUUUGUAUAAUAAUGCAUCAUUUUCGAUGGGUGGUGAAAUGUGGUUGGGGUUAUCUACUUUAACACCUGGUUGCUCAACAAGCUUAAGGUAUUGUACACAUGCGGCUAACACCGGUAGGCCAUUGACGCUAACGCUCUCUUGGAAUCCAUUAUUUGGUCACAUCUCAUCAACUUACUCUGCCAGAACAAGUAUGAAUACAACGUUUUCUGCAAGAUAUGAGUUUAACCUAUAUUCGACAGAUUCAAAUUUAUCCUUUGGUUGUGAAUUCUGGAGAAAGAAUCUAGCUGAAUCACAGGAAAUCAAUAAGACAUCAUCAAAGACGGAAAACCAGAAGCAUCAUCACGUAGUCUCAAUAUUUGAUGAGACUGAUUAUAAUAGACAUGACCAAAAAAAUAUCCCAGAGGAACAAAAAAAAUUAUUGAAUGAUAUUACGCAUACUUUUUCAUCAUCCCUGGAACAAAUGGAUAAAGAAAAAGCCAUCAUUGAAGAUGUAGAAAAAAAAUUCAACAACGAAAAAUUUACCAAUGUAUGGAAAAUGGCUACUUCUUUACGUGAUCGUAAUAUAAGGAUGUUAUGGGAAGGAAAAUUUAAAGGGUUCUUACUGUCUGCCGGUACAGAAGUAUUUUUGACCAAAGAUUACCUGAACUCGGUAAUCAGGUACAUCAAUCAAAGUGAUCCAGUUAUCAAUGAAUCUAAUAUUGUAACACCAAAGACGCCUUCUCCCAUUUCAUUUGGAUUAACUAUCCAAUACUCUACAUAA